CACAAAUCAAAAUAUUAGAUGCCUUAAAAUAUUAUAUAGUGUGUUCACAUUUUCUCGCGCUUUAGAAUUAUAGUUUAUAAUUUAUCUAUUUAUAUAACGAAGACAAUAAUCAUUCAGAUUUAAACAAGCUACACAAAGAUAAUACAAUCUUAAAGUAUAACUUUUUAUAUUUACCGGAUAGAUACUCUAAAUUUAACGGAUAUUCUCUGUUGAAAGGAGCCAACCAUGUCCCAGUUUAUAGAGCUUCAUAACGAAACGGAAGUGGUCGAGAUGACGUCACAAACAACAAACGUUCCGACAUCGGAGGAUGCCGUUGACGCAACAUUUAAGAACAUGUCUGAGACGCCUAACAUCUACGUGGGUAAGCGCAACUUCAUCCACCAGUUGAUGGACGUCGCCUUGGUGAUGGCGAACGUGUCCCAGCUUAAGUCUCUCCUCUCCAUGGAGAACAAGGACAAAUAUUACUACCCCAUCUUCGUCUUCAUUAUAAUGUCAAUCGGCCUACAGGUCAUAUUCACCAUCUGCAUGCUGAUUAUCUGGUCCAUAGAGAAGAAACUGGACGAGCACAAGGCCGACACCACCGCCGCCGUUCACGACAACGACCGCCGGCAGCGCCUGAUUGAGGAGCGCCUCGAUAAGUUCUGCAAUAUCCUGGUGCUGCUCGUCAUAGUGUCUAACGUAUUCAUAACCGCCUUCGGCGUGGAGCCACACGGGGGCGAGGGCAGUGAGGUCAAGGUUAUCAGUGUUGGUGCUGGCACGCAGUUGGGGACCGGUGCGGCCGCUGCGGGGCAAACUUAGGACAUAUGUGUAUAUUAUUGAUACUUAUCUUGUUUUUUUAUCCCCGGUUGAUUCUUGUUGUUGUUUUAUAUAAUUUCUUAUUCUUAUGCAGUUACGAGUUUUUGUAUUGAAAAAAUAUAUUUAAAUGCAACGAAGCAAAAAGUAAUUUUGACAAAGUUACAUAAAGUAACAUUUAGUUAAGAUUGUUAUGUGUGAACUGUUGUUAGCUGGAUUUGAAAAAAGGUUUAAUCACAAAAGUGUGUCGGACGUUCCUCAUGUGUUCAUUGAUGUGUACAUACCAACUCAAUUGUUCAUUGUUAUGCAGAAUAAAAUUAAUUAUAUGAUAAACACACAAUAAUUACUAGUAUAUCAGACUAUAACCAGUUAUGUUUAAAUAUACUUGUACAGGUGUAGAUAGUUUAACAUUUACACAAACAAAAUUUAAUUUAACAAAAGAGUAAAUUCGGGCCUGCAUAAACGAUCUGUGUGGUUAGGUAAAUGGCAAAACAUGUAUGUUUGCACAUUGCCUAAAAUGGUGAUAAAGAAAAACCGGACAAUGAUUAUGUUUCAUAGUGUAUUAUUUCUUGUUACAUGUUAUUAUAUGUGACAUUGGUAUUAAAAUUGAUGUUUUGAAUUAAAUGAAACUACCUUACGUA